ACCAACCAGAUAGCCAGGAAUUCAAAGGAGACGGUCAAUGAACCGGAAAAAGCUAAAUGUCCACCUCGUUCUUCACCUAAAAGAGUUGCAACCGCGAGAAGCUCAUCGUUCUCAUCGAAGCCAUCGUCUGGCUCGUCUAUAGCGAUUCGAGGUGCAGCUGGAAAAACAAACUCGAGUGAUGAUCACAGCACUGAAGAUGAUGACCCUCUGGAGUUACUAUAUACGAGCGAUGGCAUCUCAGAUUCAUGCUACAGUUUCUCGACUACGAACAGCAGCCUUGAUACCGCUGACGAUCCCUCUAUGCUCUAUCCAACCGCUGCCACGUGCAGUUUCAGCAGUGAUCCAUCUGAGUCGGAGUCCUGCCAAGAAUCCGUCCAUACAGCGAACUACGGUUGGUGGGUGGACGGUUUAAGCAUUCCUCGUCGUGUGAAUUCAGUAUCGACCGGCAUUUGGUUGUCAAACUGUACGGAACCUCCAAGUAGCCUUUGCUCUGCUCGCAGUCUCUCAUCUGUUGAAAUCAUGACAGCCGAUUUAUACACAGGAGACAUGGAAACUGCCGAGGCUGCCGAGUCCGAAAUCGAGGCGGCGAAUCGAGUCUUUGAUAUUAUACUCAGCGCCAAAUGCGCAGAUGUGCAGAAAGAAGGUGGAGACGAAGAGAGUGGUUGUGGUGCCGAUUUGAGAACAGCAAACUCGAAUUCUUUUGAAAAUUUGAAGACGAAGCUAAUGUUGGGAUCACUGUUUGAUACGGAUGAUACUCGAACCGCUGUGUGA